CUUCCUCCUCUUUACCUCCUUCCCUCUAACCCCUUUCCUCCUCUUUCCUUCCUCCUCCUCCUUCGUUUGCAUUCUUUUCCCACUCUCUCUUUCUGCUUGUCUUUUCAAAUCUUAUGAAAACAGAAAGUCCAGAUUUUUACAGGGUUUAGUGGCAAACAGGAUAAGGUUCAAAUACUAAGACACCCCUUGUGAAAACAAAAACACAACAGCUGUUGCUUUUCUUGUUACAAGGAAGAAGAUAACAAUCACUUAUACUGCCAAGUUUGUGUCUUUUUUGUUUUCAAAAAACUAAGGAAUUGAAGAGAAGGGGCUGUGUCUGUUUUGUUGGUUGUUUAGAAGAAAACGAAAAGGGUAGCAAUGAAGUACGUUUUGGUAACUGGAGGAGUGGUGAGUGGGCUGGGAAAAGGGGUGACUGCAAGCAGUAUUGGGCUCAUCCUUAAAGCUUGUGGGCUACGGGUCACUUCCAUUAAGAUUGAUCCUUAUUUGAAUACCGAUGCCGGGACAAUGUCACCCUUCGAGCAUGGAGAAGUAUUUGUCUUGGAUGAUGGUGGUGAGGUGGACCUGGACCUUGGAAACUACGAGCGCUUUCUGGAUAUCAAGUUGACCCGUGAUAAUAACAUUACAACUGGAAAGAUUUACCAGUCUGUCAUUGAUAAAGAAAGGAGGGGAGAUUACUUGGGAAAAACUGUUCAGGUUGUCCCUCACAUUACAGAUGCCAUACAAGAGUGGAUUGAACGUGUUGCAGCCAUACCAGUUGAUGGAAAAGAGGGUCCAGCUGAUGUUUGUGUAAUUGAAUUGGGUGGCACGAUAGGAGACAUAGAGUCUAUGCCAUUUAUUGAAGCUCUUGGACAGUUCUCUUACCGUGUAGGAGCUGGCAACUUUUGCUUGGUACAUGUGAGCCUUGUACCUGUUCUCAAUGUUGUUGGUGAGCAGAAAACGAAGCCAACUCAACACAGUGUUAGGGGCUUAAGGAGCCAGGGGCUUAUGCCAAAUAUUUUAGCUUGCCGCAGCACAACGGAACUUGAAGAACAAGUCAAAGACAAACUUUCCCAGUUUUGUCAUGUUCCGUUUGAAAACAUAAUUACUCUUUACGAUGUAUCAAACAUCUGGCAUGUUCCUCUGCUUUUAAGAGACCAGAAGGCUCACGAGGCAAUCUUGAAAGUUCUGGACCUGAAAGGUGUUGCAUGUGAACCUGCUCUGGGGGAAUGGACAGCUAGGGCCAAAUUUUGUGACAAGUUGCAUGAGCCGGUUAGGAUUGCAAUGGUUGGGAAGUAUACUGGCCUUUCUGAUUCUUACCUAUCAGUACUAAAGGCUCUUUUACAUGCAUCUGUUGCUUGCCGUAGAAAACUAUAUAUCGAUUGGGUUCCUGCCAGUGACCUGGAAAUUGCAACUGCUCAAGAGAACCCUGAUGCAUAUAGGAGUGCCUGGAGUCUGUUGAAGGGUGCAGAUGGUGUACUGGUUCCUGGAGGCUUUGGUGACAGAGGGGUGGAGGGUAAAAUACUUGCUGCCAAGUAUGCUCGUGAAAACCGGAAACCAUAUCUUGGGAUAUGCCUAGGAAUGCAAACUGCCGUUAUUGAAUUUGCACGAUCUGUUCUUGGAAUGCAAGAUGCAAAUAGCACAGAGUUUAAUGCCCAUACUAGAAAUCCUUGUGUGAUUUUUAUGCCAGAGGGUUCAAAAACCCAUAUGGGUGGUACUAUGCGACUAGGAUCAAGGAGGACAUAUUUUCAGGUUAAGGAUUGUAAAUCAGCAAAAUUAUAUGGCAAUCGAAGCUUCGUUGAUGAAAGACAUCGUCACAGAUAUGAGGUAAACCCUGAGAUGGUGCCUCUCCUUGAAGAUGCUGGCCUCUGCUUCACAGGGAAAGAUGAAACUGGUCGUCGCAUGGAGAUCGUCGAGCUUCCACAACAUCCUUAUUUUAUUGGUGUACAAUUUCAUCCAGAGUUUAAAUCGAGACCAGGAAAACCUUCUGCAGUUUUCUUAGGACUAAUUGCAGCAGCAUCUGGGCAACUGGAUGCCUGGCUGAAGAAGGGCACGGCAAAGCCUUACGCAGUGAGCAAUGGUAUACCAGCAAUAAAACCACACAUUAAUGGAACUCCAACUAAGCUAGUUAAUGGGCCUUUAGAUGGGAUAUAUUACAAUGGAAAUGGUUUACAUGUUUAAACCAGACUCAGUUUUGGUGCUAUUUUUUUCCAGGACACAUCUGAUGUUUCUCCCUUUUUCUGUGGGUGUGAUGUUAUCAAUUUUGCUGCUAGCUUAUUGCAAUUAUUGGUAUGUAUAGCGAUAGAUGUUACACAGCUUCUCAGAUUGACUCGACGGAUAGGGGUAGAGCUGGAUUCCGGUCUUUUUAAACGGAACAGCAAUGCUUGUAGUUACAGCAAAAUGCAGUUUGAAAUGGGGUGGCGGGGAUUUCAUAGUUAAUUCUGAUGCUUCUAAUUAUCCUGUGAGAAAGUCACAUCAGGGACUUGUGUAGCAAGAAAUUGUGGGUCGAGACUGGAUCCUGAUGAUGAUGUUUCAGCCUUUUUCUUUUAAUGAGAGGUUGCUGUUUAUGGCGUUCAUAUUA